CUUCCACCGGCAGACGCUCACUCACAAGUGGCCACUGUGAACACCCACGAGCAACAAUGAAGUUCCUGGCAAUUGUGCUCCUGGCGGCUUCUGCUUGCGCUGCUGCAAUUGAAAAGCGAGAUGCAGAGCCAGACCACCGUUAUGUCUACCCGUAUGGGUAUCGCAACUACUACCCCUACUACCCAGUAGCCUAUGGUCACAAGCACUACCAUCACAAGAGAUCUGCUGAGCCAGAGCCAGAGGCUUCCCCCUCCAAAGAAUACUACCCUGUCUACCAUCCUCAUCCUCACUACCAUGGAAAGAGGUCUGCUGAUCCUUAUGCCUAUGCUGAGCCUUAUCCUUAUCCUUACCCUUACCCAGAACCUUCCCAUGACUAUGGCCACUAUGAAUAUCCUCGGCCAUACCACUACUACCCUUCCUAUUAGAAAGGUUAAGGAGAACUUGACUGCUGGUUUCAACGGAGCACAAAUGUGGAUUUGCUCUUGUUGCUGAUUCAGGAGUGUUUCAUGUAAAGACAAACGAUUGAAUAAAUAGUGCAUAAUA